AUGGCACCUAGAUUGCCUCCCCCUCCUCAACCGAAUGAACCUGAUGCUUCCAACAACUCUAGAUUGUUGGAGAGCGUCAUUGAGAGACUCCAACAACAAAAUACCACUCUCAUGGAACAAAACGCCACCCUGAUGCAGCAAAACCAAGCUGCUAUGCAGAGUCUGGAGGCCUCUCGUGCAAAUUCUGAAACCACGCAGAGGCAGUUGAUGGAGAUACUUGCAGCAACCAGAGGUACGCUUGGAGCAUCCUCUUCAAACGCUGCUCAACCGACUGCAGAGUGGAGUUUGGAGAGCUUCCUGCAGCAUCACCCAGCUAAGUUCAGUGGGAAGUGCCUCCCUGAUGAGGCUGAUCAGUGGCUGGGAGACAUAGAGAAGAUCUUCAACGCCAAACGAUGUCCAGAUGCAAACAGAUUGGCGUACGCUGAAUAUCUAUUGACUGGAGAGGCGAGCCACUGGUGGGCGAGCGCAAGAGCUCUCCUGAUGGACGCUCAGAUUCCUAUCACUUGGGAGGUGUUUAGGAGAAAGUUUUAUGAAGAAUAUUUUCCGGAUAGCGUCCGGUUUGCAAAGGAGGUGGAAUUUCUUCAGUUGGUCCAAGGAGGGAUGUCUAUUUCUGAAUAUACGAACAAGUUCAAACACUUGGUUCGUUUCAACACGAUGGCAACAAAUGAGGAGUGGCAGUGCCGUAAGUUUGAAAACGGACUGCGGAGUGACUUGAAGGUUUUGAUCUCCAGCUUGUGUAUACGGACGUUUCCUGCCAUGGUUGAGAGGGCCAAGGUUUUAGAGAAGAACAUGACAGAAGCGGAGAAGCACAAGAAGCAACAACAAGUGAGUAGAGGACCUAUAGUUUCCAGGGGCAAUGUUACUCCAAGAAGAGCCCCGUACGCUCGUCCAAACCAGCCAUCUAAUGCGAGCGGUUCUCAAGCCUUAGUUCCUGUUGGACGAGCUGGACAGUAUGGGAAUGUUACGUGUUUCCAGUGUGGAGGACCACACUACCGUUCGUCCUGUCCUCAACUGGUGGGAGUGAAGUACUGUAAUCGUUGUGGCGAAACGGACAUUUGGAAAAUGAGUGUAACAUGGGUGGACGGGCAAUGA